AUGACGCAUCUCUUGCAGAUAAGGCACAGCAAUGAUCCAAAGUCAUCUCUGCCCCCAACCCAUUACCGCCUACUGCAACGUGAUAUCCAUCCCAAACAGGAGGUGCAUCCUUCAGCCAUUUCCUCAUCAUCUGGUGAGGUGGGGGGCUCAGCCCAGCGCUGCCAGCCCCGUUCCCGAUUAGUCCAAGUCUCCCCGAGCGCCCCUACACCCUGCCCUGGCCAGCUCUGCCGUCGCGGGCGGACCCGCGCCGCGCGAUGGGGAGCAGCCCCGAGCAGCUCUCGGCUUAGACGGCGGCAGCACAGCGGCAGAGCCCGCAAUCGCCGACCUCCGCAGGCGAGCCGGGCGCCGCUGAGGCAGCGGCGACGCAGGGCUGGGAGGACACGGGACCUCUGCCCGCAGCACCGGCGGGCGCACGUCGCCCCGGCCCAGGGGGAAGCAACGGCGAGCUCCGGGAGGCUGCCGCGGAGCCGGGCUCACCAGCAGCCGUGCCCGGGCACCCGCGGCCAGCCGCGCCGUCGGGCCCCCGCCUCGGGGGCGGUGCCGCGUCCCCACCGCUCGGAGGCGGUGGGCGAGCGGCGGCGGCGGCUGGGCACCGCCAUGGGGGAGGCACGGCGGCAGCGGCGGCUGCUGCUGAUGGUGGUGUGCGUGGCGCUGCUGCUGGACAACAUGCUCUACAUGGUCAUCGUGCCCAUCAUCCCCGACUACAUCGCGGCCAUGCGCGGCGGCGGGGGCACCGCCGGCCCGUCCGCGCCCGCGGGGGGCAACGGGAGCGGCGGCGGCAACCGGAGCCUUCUGCCUGCGCGGUACCCGCCGGCAUCGGGGAGCAACGAGGACGUGCAGAUCGGGGUGCUGUUCGCCUCCAAAGCCAUGCUGCAGCUGCUGGUGAACCCCCUCAGCGGCACCCUCAUCGACCGCGUGGGCUACGAGGCGCCGCUGCUGGCCGGGCUGGCCGUCCUGUUCCUCUCCACCGCCACCUUCGCCUUCGCCGAGAACUACGCGACGCUGUUCGCGGCGCGCAGUCUGCAGGGGCUGGGCUCUGCCUUUGCGGACACCGCCGGCAUCGCCCUCAUCGCUGACCGCUACGCCGAGGAGCCGGCGCGGAGCCGCGCCCUGGGCACGGCGCUGGCCUGCAUCUCCUUCGGCAGCCUGGCCGCCCCCCCCUUCGGCGGCGUCCUCUACGAGUUCGCGGGCAAGCGGGUGCCCUUCCUGGUGCUGGCCUGCGUCUGCCUUCUCGACGGGCUGAUGCUGCUGGUCCUGGCGCCGCCCGGUGGCACCGGGGCACGGGCCAACAUGCCUGUCGGCACCCCCAUACACCGCCUCAUGAUUGACCCCUACAUCGCCGUGGUGGCAGGGGCCCUGGCCACCUGCAACAUCCCCCUAGCCUUCCUGGAGCCCACCAUCGCCAACUGGAUGAAGGAUUCCAUGGGGGCCAGCGAGUGGGAGGUGGGCCUCACCUGGCUGCCCGCCUUCUUCCCCCACGUGCUGGGCGUCUACGUCACCGUCCAGCUGGCUGCUGCGUACCCACACCUGCAGUGGUUCUACGGGGCCCUGGGCAUGGCCAUCAUUGGUGCCAGCUCCUGCUUGGUGCCCGCCUGCAGGAAUUUCGGGCAGGUCAUCAUUCCCCUCUGUGGCAUCUGCUUUGGCAUCGCCCUGGUGGACACAGCCCUGCUGCCCACCCUGGCUUUCCUGGUGGACGUGCGACACGUCUCUGUCUAUGGCAGCGUCUAUGCCAUUGCAGACAUCUCCUACUGUGUGGCAUAUGCCCUGGGGCCCAUCGUGGCCGGCCAGAUUGUGCACACCAUGGGCUUUGCGCAGCUCAACCUGGGCAUGGGGCUUGCCAAUGUGCUUUAUGCCCCUGUCCUUCUCUUUCUCAAAAAUGUCUGCCAAAUGAAACCCUCUCACUCAGAGAGAAACAUCCUCCUUGAAGAAGGACCUAAGGGACUCUAUGACACCAUCAAAAUGGAGGAGCGCAAAGGCGUGGGCAAAAACCUCCAGCCAGCGGGCGAGAUGGAUGAGAAUGGCAUGGGCUCUUACCACAGAGACCUGAAAGGGGUGUCUGAGGAGGACUCAUCCGACUAUGAGUACAGUUAGGUUCCCCCAUGUGGUCCAGACCCAAGAGCAAGGAGAGACAUGUGUGAGAGAGGCAAAGCGGGGGGAUGAAAAUGUUACUGCAUUAUGUUUCUGUACUGAUGUGCAAUAUCUACAGUUUAACCUUUGUCAUGAUGUAAUGGCUUUCUUCUAGACUUACUUUUAAUCGGUAUUUCCCUCAGCAUUCCAGCAAGUUGGAGGGGGUGGGAAAUGGGAGACAAUGCUGAAAAAAAUUAUUGGAGUAAUCAUUAGCAGAAAUCUGAGGGGAUCUUUCAAAAAAAAAAAA